GAAGUCAAAUCCACCUCUUUGAUUCGCUUCUUUCUAAAGUCUGCAACUUUGUGCCUUGAUAUGUUUUUGUAGCCUCCGCCGGAAAUCAUACAGCAUGUUUUGUUCAUCUAUCUAAAAACUAGUUUCUAUCUCAGCAUAUGCCUUGAGUCCACACAUAAUGAAACUCAAAAAAGACAAGCCACUGGGGCUUUCCUGUUCCAACAGGGAAAAACCGUUGCCAAGAUACAAGUUAAAGGCAACGAUACACCCGGAAGGCCAAAUCGGGAUUGAUGAUAACAACAGAGUCAAACGGAAAGCUCCUUCACCUGCAAAAUAUAUGGUGUUCCCAGAAAAUCAUGAUCAGAGGAAGAAGAAGAUGAUGAUGGUUUUUGAUCCUGGAAGUGACGCAUAUUUGCAGUGGAACCGAGUAUUCCUGGGUUCUUGCAUACUGGCACUCUUUAUUGAUCCUCUGUUUUUCUAUGUGCCCAAAGCGGAAAAUGAUGGACACUCAUCAUGUAUGACUACUGAUUCGAGUUUGGCAAUUGUUCUGACGUGUUUCCGUACGUUGGCUGAUAUUUCCUAUCUGCUCAACAUGCUCAUCAAGUUCAGAACAGCCUACGUAGACCCAAAUUCAAGGAUUUUUGGCAGAGGUGAGUUAGUUAUGGAUCAAUGGUUGAUUGCCAAGCGGUAUUUGAGAUCAGAAUUCAUCAUAGAUCUUUUAGCCACACUCCCCUUCCUCAGAAAGAGAUGUGAAAUGACAAUGCUGGCGUUUCUUCUUCAAUGGCAGAUCCUGAUUUGGCUUAUAAUGCCUGCAGUUAAAAGCCCCCGCGCAGACCACUCCAGCAAUUCUCUUGUACUGAUCAUUCUGCUUCAAUAUUUCCCCAGAUUAUACUUGAUUUUCCCAUUAAGUUCUCAGAUCGUCAAAGCGGCUGGGGUAGUUACAAAGACAGCUUGGGCCGGAGCAGCUUAUAAUCUUUUACUUUACAUGUUGGCUAGCCAUGUUUUGGGAGCAUUAUGGUAUUUGUUUUCGUUUGAAAGGAAUGCUACUUGCUGGAAAUCUGAAUGCAAAAAUGAAACUCAAUGUAUCCUUAAGUACUUGGAUUGCAGAACUUCAAACAAUGAUGAUCGCUUAAAGUGGAUAAACUCUACUUCUGUGUUUGCUAACUGCAAUCCAUCAAACAGCGACAGUUUCGAGUUCGGCAUUUUUGAACCAGCGGUUCACUAUAAUGUCAGUUCCAUAGAGUUUGUUCAUAAGUACGUCUAUUGUCUGUGGUGGGGCUUGCAGAAUCUGAGCUGCUGUGGCCAGGAAUUGAUUACGAGCAAGUUCAUUGGGGAAACUACAUUUUCAAUACUCGUAUGUAUCCUAGGUUUAGUUUUGUUUGCCCAUUUGAUUGGAAACAUGCAGACAUAUUUGCAAUCUAUUACUGUGAGAGUGGAGGAAUGGAGACUCAAGCGACAUGAUACUGAAGAGUGGAUGAAACACCGCCAACUUCCACAACAUUUGAGAGGACGUGUUCGAAGAUUUCUUCAAUACAAAUGGCUUGCAACUCAAGGAACCGAUGAGGAAUCUAUCUUGCGAGGCCUUCCCAAAGACCUGCGUAGAGAUAUUCAAUGUUACCUUUGCUUAGAUCUUAUUCGACGUGUCCCCUUUUUCUCACAAAUGGAUGAUCAGCUACUGGAUGCAAUAUGUGAGAGAUCGGUAUUGUUCUUGAGUCCUCAAGGAACUUAUGUUGUACGGGAAGGAGAUCCAGUGACAGAGAUGCUUUUCAUAAUAAGAGGAAGACUUGAAAGCUCAACCACAAAUGGAGGCAGGACAGGCUUCUUCAACUCUAUUGUAUUGAAACCAGGUGAUUUCUGUGGAGGAGAAUUACUAUCAUGGGCGUUGCUUCCCACAUCAACAUCCACUCUCAAUUUGCCUUCUUCUACAAGAACAGUGAAAGCCCUUGUGGAAGUAGAGGCCUUUGCACUGAGAGCAGAAGAUCUCAAGUUCGUGGCCAAUCAGUUUCGUCGUUUUCACAGCAAGAAACUGCAACAUACCUUCCGUUUCUACUCGUACCAUUGGAGGACUUGGGCAGCCUGCUUCAUUCAGGCUUCUUGGAGAAGGUACAAGAAUAGAAUGCUGGCAAUGAGUUUGAGCGGAGAUCAGCCAUUUGAUGAUUUUGAUGGAAUGGGACAUAGCCAGCAAAUGCUCACUGCUGUGACUUCAAGUAAUACUUCACCGAGCGACCCUGUAGACAUAUCAGGAUUUGGCACAAAAUCAAGAAGAGAAGCUCUGAGGAUAACGGAUAUUAAGAUGCCUAAGUUACAAAAGCCUAAAGAGCCAGACUUCUCAAAGGAAGCAGAGGACAUUUAGUUUACAACUGUUAUAUACUAUUACAAGCCUCAAAAUGGAUUAAAGUUUUAGUGCUUCAUGCAAUAAGAUAUGUCUAUGCCUAAAGUGAGAGCACGUUAUUAGUUAGCUAGUUGGCACGUUGUGGUUGUCUGUCUCUCAGCUCUUGACAAUGAAGAGUAUGUCAGGACACUGGGGACAUAACCAUAAUGGUGAAAGGAAUCAAUUUGUCGGAAGAAGUUGCUAGGCUUCACCGCUUUUACUAAAUCAGACUUCAUUCUGUGAAGUACGUCAUUUUUCGUUUGAUUUAGAUUUAGGAAAGCUUGGCUACCUCUAUAUCAAAUCAUGUAAUGCCUUCGCUUUCAAUAUGACCUUUUUUUUUUUUUGCAAUUUUGAAAUCUGUAAAAGUAUCUUAUAAAAGUCAGGAAGAAAACAUCAUAAUUUUGAAACUAAUGUAAGAUGUUCGAAAAAAUUAAAUUUGCUUUUGUAAUAGCCUU